CCGUCACCGUCACGGUUAUCUCUGAUAAACUAACGUUCCUCUGCAUCAAAAAAAAAAAAAAAACAACUAACUUCCUAUUUCCGGUUUCAAAUUCCUUCCGGCGACACAUUCGGAUCCCAAUAUGAAGACCCGUUUUCCCUCCACACGGGUCAUCUUCGUGGCCUCGCUCUGUUUCCUCGCAAGCUUCGAAUUAUUGCAAGCCAAAACCAUCGACCCCUACAAGGUUCUUGGGGUUGAUAAAAAUGCAAGUCAGCGGGAAAUUCAGAAGGCUUUUCACAAGCUAUCUCUUCAGUAUCACCCUGACAAGAACAAAUCCAAGGGUGCACAAGAGAAGUUUUCUCAGAUCAAUAAUGCAUAUGAGAUUUUAUCCGAUGAAGAGAAGAGAAAGAAUUAUGACAUGUAUGGAGAUGAGAAAGGAAACCCUGGAUUUCAAGGUGGCCAUCCUGGAGGUCAGGGUGGAUAUACUUUUACAGGGGGUGGUCCUGGACAAAGCCAUUUUAACUUCAAACCAGGGGGUGACUGGCAAGGUAUGGGCGGUCAGGGAGGAUCUAAGUCAUUCUCCUUUUCCUUUGGUCGUGGCUCAGGUGAUUCCAAUCCUUUUGGAUUUGGCUUGGAUGAUCUUUUUGGCAGUUUUUUCGGUGGUGGAGGUGGUGGGAGUCAGUUUGGUGGUUUUGGCAGUUCAGCCAAGUCUCAAUCUGGGUCCAAGAGUUCUUCCAAAAGUCUUAGAGCUGUAAAUUCACAGAUUUACAAGAAAGAAAUAGAGAAUGCAGGGAUGACUUGGCUUUUGUUAUCUUAUAUGCCCUCAUCGAUGGAGAUCCAAUACUUUGAAUCCACUAUAGAGGAGGUUGCAAGUUCGUUGCAGGGAGCUUUGAAGGUUGGAAGCAUAAACUGUGAAAAGGAAGUCUCAUUCUGUAAGGAGCUUAGCAUAUAUCCACGCAGAGCUCCAAGGCUUAUUGUUUUUUCUUACAAGGAGAAUGAAAAAGGUUAUUUGGUGGAGUAUAGGGGAAACUUGGCUGCUAAGAAUUUGAAGGCUUUCUGUCAAGAAUAUUUGCCAAGGUUUUCAAAACGAACUGACUUGAAUCAUCUUGAUCAAUUCAGCACUACUGGAAAGUUGCCUAGGGUGCUGCUUCUCUCCACCAAGAAGGACACUCCUGUAAUUUGGCGUGUCCUUAGUGGCUUGUAUCACAAACGCAUUACUUUCAUUGAUGCAGAGGUUCAUGAUGUUUCUGAUCCAAGAGUAAAAACGCUAGGAGUUGAUGCACUUCCAGCUAUUGUAGGUUGGCUACCAAAUGGAGAAAAGCGUGUUCUAAAAACUGGGAUAUCUGUGAAAGAUUUAAAAUCUGCAGUUCUUGAUCUUAGUAACAUACUUGAUAGUUUUGAAAAAGUAAGUAAAAAGGAAUCAUCAGGUCAGGCCAAGGAGGCACAAACUGACUCAGACGAGGGACGCGUACCAUUACUUUCUAAAUCAAACAUCGAGGCUCUAUGUGGUGAGAAAACUCCAGUCUGCAUAAUUGGUGCCUUCAGUUCUUCUAAAGCUAGAGAAAAGCUUGAAUCAAUCCUCUCUUUGGUUUCUCAAAAAUCUUUGUCAAGACAACCAAAUCAGGGAUCCAGCAGCUCUAGGGACUCCAUUUCCUAUGCUCUCUUAGAUGCUGCAAAGCAAAAAUCAUUUCUAAAGGCAUUUGACAAAACAGGUUAUAAAUCAUCAAAUAAUUUGUUGAUUGCCUACAAACCUCGAAGAGGGAAGUAUAGUAUAUUUAUGGGUGAAAUGACAAUAGAGGAGAUAGAGAAUUUCAUUAGCUCCGUUCUCAGUGGAGAUGUACCCUUCAGAGAAGCAACACGGGGGAAGCCUGUACUAGAGUAUUAGGUCAUAAAAGUGGGUUUUGACUGUUAUGGCUGCAUGCUCAUGUACAGAGUCAAGAGAUACAUAGAAUCUUUUGUUUUUUUUUAUACUAUCAAGAGUACAAAUGAUCUAAUUAAGAUAACGGCACAUAGGAUAUUAUUGAUCCAUGCUAAUUCCUCAAGGAUGUUUUAUCUAGCUUUUACUGCCAUUGUGAAUUCGCCAUUGGUGGUAUAUUUGGAUUAGGAAGGAAAGUGAAAAGAAAAAAAAUAGACAAUAGAUGAUAAUGUACCUUCUUUGGUAAGGAAGAAACUGAAAAAAGAAAAAAGAGUAUGAUAUAAAGGCUUUUAUAUAUAUAUAUAAAAGAUAAAUAUUGGUGCUUUUGUCUUCAUACACCUAAAAAGGGCCAUUUGUAAUUUUGCUGAAGCAAUUGCUUAGUUUGGAUGCUAAGGCUAUUACUACCCCACGGUUAUGUAAUUUUGCUGUUUUGGGCCCUAUGUUAAUAAUAAUAAAAAAUGUUAUUUAUUGUUUAA